GUAUUCUCUUCUUCUGCAUAUAUCCUAUAGACUUUUGCCGCAACUGAGUUUUGUGUUACAAUCACUAUAACUAAUCAGAAACUAAGUGAGUUGGUUUCCUUAAGGGCAGCAAGGACUCAACGGGAUAAUUGGGGAGUUGGGCAGGCGCAGCUCGCCAUACUUUUCUACAAAGAGUUCAAACUUCGUUGCCGGCUUACGUACCUACAUCCAAUCUCCGCCUCUUAACUAAUUGACGAUCACCCGUUUUUAAGGUUCCGAGGCUUGUCUGCAAAGGUCGUUGGGUGCUCGUCGUUGUUUAUAUACAAGAUUAUGGGUACGGUUUAAAGAACAUCUUUUUCAUCACACGCAAUGAAUAAUAGAUAUAUCGAUCAAUAUGACUUUCUCGAAUUUCUUAAAUCUUUUCCAAGACAAAAGCCUUCGUUCUUUUCUUCCCAAGACCAAUCGGUCUCCCGCCAUACCCUAGCCUCUAUGGACGUCAUCUCUCGAGCCUCAAUCGCGCAAGCUGCAAUUGCGGGCACGUGUUUAUUCCUGUACAUCACCCGCGGUCUCUUCCCUCGAGCACCACAAUGGAUUCGCCCUUUUGCUAAAGAAGAGGUGGCACUAUUGUCUGGAAUUCGUACGAGGCGUUGGAGUUUUUGGAGUUUUUGUCUUGCGGCCCUGUCUACGAUCGGACUCGUCCUAGCGAUCCUGGUCGCUGUAUCACCGCCUUUUAACACCGUCAGAAUCUUGGAGAUCGCGCCGUGGGUUGUGGCUCUGUUCAUUACGAUCGUGGGCCGCCCGAGCAAGACGCCAAAGACGUUACUAAUAAUAUCCAUUACAAUUACCGUCUGCGGGUUGAUCUCGUUGGUGGCAUGGUACAAUGAGACGGAACGUGUGAAUAUAAUCCACGUCGCUAGCGUCGGAGUGGCGUUAGCCACCAUAUUCCUCAUCCUCUCGAUGCCCUUGCGAGAUCCGAGCCUUGAUCCGACCGGAAUUGCAAAUUCUACCUUCCCUCCAACUUCUCAACUUCGCAGCCCUGAGGACAAUUUGAGCUUGUGGCAAUUUAUGACUGUUUCUUGGCUAUCUCCACUAAUUACUAAAGGAUUUAAGGAUACGUUUAAUGAUGAGGAUGUUUGGGUACUGCCAUAUGAUUUCCAGCAUGAGAGGUUGCACAUGUUAUUCCGAGAUCUUACGGGUUCGAUUAUAAAACGAUUGCUUUUGGCGAAUGGCUUGGAUUUGUUUAUCAUUACCUUUCUUGGAAUUAUAGAGACCACAGCGAAUCUCGCGAACCCUGCUCUUCUGCAGCGCUUACUCGAGUCUAUCGAGGGAGGUCCUGUCGAUACUAAGGAUGCCGUUUUCUACGCCUUCGCCAUUUUGUUCGUACGCAUUGUCGCUGCGCAAUCGAGCGUCUUCCAGACAUGGUAUAGUCGUCGCGCAUACGAGAGGUCGCGUGGCGAGUUACUUACUGCAGUCUACGCCAAAACGUUAUCACGAAAAUCGUUCGGACUCCGCACGGAUUUGGGAGAACCUCCCCAAGAAAAUGGCAUCGAGCCCGACGAAGAAACGCCACUACUUGGAGAGAUCCAAGAGCCCGAGAAAUCCCGCUUUGGUCGCCUUCUUGAAUUCUUGAGGCUUCGAAAGUCUAAGGACCAAAAUGAAAUCGGAUCUAACGCAGAUCAGCCAGCAACAAUGGGCAAAAUUCUUAACUUGAUGAGAAAUGACGCUUAUGAGGUGGCCCAGCGAUUUUGGGAGUUUCCAUCUCUACUUACAAAACCAUUGCAGCUAGUAUUCUCCCUUGUCCUUAUCUGGCAGUUGCUAGGUUGGCCAUGUCUUUUUGGUGUGGCUUGGGCGCUCGUUCUCCAACUGUUGAACGGGUGGUUCAUUCGUUCACAAGUAAAAGUUGAAAGGCGUCGAAGAGCUGCGACGGACGUUAGGCUUCAGGCGACUACGCAAUUCGUUGAGGCUAUCAGACCUCUUCGCUGGUAUGAUUGGCAGUCUAAGUGGCUGGGCAACAUCAUGGAAGCACGAGCGAAAGAGUUGCAUCUGAGAGUUGUUACCAGCUUGUGGAGCAUCGGAGUUAAUACCUCCAAUCUCGCUGCUGGUGCUCUCUUCCCCGUAUUCACUUUCUUUGCAGUAACAUAUAUUGCAGGGCGCCCGUUACCGGUUCACGUGGCAUUCCCCGCUCUAUCUCUCUUCGGACUGCUUGAAUCGAGUUUAAAAGAAUUACCUGGCUUGAUAACGGUGCUUAUUAACGCCUCUCUAGCGAUAGAGCGUCUCGAGAGCUUCAUGCGCGAACCGGACAAGGAAGAGCGCGGUUAUAACGAUAUACCCUCCGAGAUCGAGUUUCAAGGUGCAUCAUUUGUGUGGCCGACCAAUGGAAAACUUGUGUUGGAAGAUUUGACUUUGCAAUUCCCCCCUGGCCUUACUCUAAUUCAUGGUAAGGUCGGUUCGGGAAAGACAGCGUUAUUGGAGGCUAUUUUAGGCGAGCUCGACCAAGUGAAGGGAGAAUGCACUCUACCAAACGAAAUGGUGGGCUAUUGUGCCCAGUCUCCAUGGCUUCAAAACAUGAACAUCCGAGACAACAUUCUCUUCAACUUCCCUUUGGACAAAAGUAGAUACAACGAGGUCCUCGAUGCCUGUGAAUUACUGCCCGAUUUGGCCAACUUUCCCCAUGGGGAUAAAUCGAAUAUUGGAGAGAAUGGCAUUGGUCUUUCUGGCGGCCAGAAAGCACGAGUCGCAUUAGCAAGAGCUGUAUACUGCCAGUCCCGUUUUCUACUGCUUGAUGACCCGCUUGCGGCUCUCGAUCAUUCGACAGCACAAUCUAUUGUCAGCAAACUCUUUCAUGGAUCUCUUUUGAAGGGCCGCACCGUCAUCUUAGUAACACAUCGGGUUGACCUGUGUUUGGCGCUGGCGGAUCAAGUUGUUGAGAUUACUAAUGGCAAAGCUCGUGUUUUCUCCUCGGACGAAUACCCCGGAGAAUUUGACGCACUCACACAAAAGAAAAAUGUUGUUUUCGAUGAUCAAGCCGAGGUAAUCACAGAAGAAUUAGCGAACGCCGCCAUCCCAGACAAAUUCGUAUCGGAGGAAAAUCGAGCAUCAGGUGGCGUUCUGGCUAGGGUUUACUGGACAUAUAUUAAGGCAGGCAGGCUGACAUACUGGUUUGCUGUCAUCGGAAUAUUUGCGCUUUUCCGCUUCGCUCGUAUAUUCAACUACUGGUUCCUAAAGGCAUGGGGUGAAGCAUAUGGAAGCAUCGAGGCCCAACUAUCGAGUCCAUCUGACAUUGCGGACGGCAUCUUCGACGGGCUACCUAGUCCGGAAGACGACGUUAAGCCAUGGCUAGUAUGGUAUACAAUUAUCGGGAUUGUUUUAACAUUUUUCUACUUCCUUACCCAGUGCGGCCUUACACUCAUCCUAUAUAGAGCGGCCAAGAACUUGUUCACCAGGGCUAUUAAUCAAGUCAGCAGUGCGACGUUCCGCUUUUACGAUGUUACCCCGGUAGGGCGCUUGAUGAAUCGAUUGACUUCCGACAUUGGAAUGCUGGAUGGUGGUGUCAUACAACCACUCCAAAAUUCAGCUUUUUGGUCUCUGACAUGGCUAGCUUCCAUGACUGUCAUCGCCUUCACAACUCCCAUAUUCUUCAUCUUCGCCAUCGCAAUGACCAUCUGGUUCAUUGUUAUCUUUAGGUGGUUCUUGCCAACCUCACAAAAUCUCCGCAGAUUGGAAAUGGUCACUCUCAGUCCAUUGAUGUCGAAUUUCGGCAUUCUCGCCGACGGUCUGGCUACUAUCCGAGCAUUCAAAGCGCAAGCAGUCUUCCAGAAUCGCAACAUUUCCGCCACCGAUACCUUCCAGAAAAUGGACCACUUCUACUGGAGCUUACAGUCAUGGCUCCAAUAUCGAUAUGAUAUAUUAUCCGCAGUUUCAAUAUUCGUCCUAACGCUUCUGGGCUUAUACCAAGGACUUUCAUCUGGUUUAAUCGCUUUCGUGCUCACAAGUGCUACGCAGUUCGUCGAAGCUACUCAUGUCCUAUGUAAGACAUACGGCCAACUUCAAAUGGACUUCGUGUCUGUGGAGAGGGUGGUUGAACUCUUAGAUCUAGAAGAAGAGCCAAAUGGAGACGUCAAACCACCUCCUCAUUGGCCUUCAUACCAAGACAGCAUCACAUUCGAUUCAGUAACGAUCAAAUAUGCACCGCACCUCGAACCUUCUUUAACGAAUGUCUCCUUCACAAUUCCUAGUGGGGCAACCUGCGCGGUGCUGGGACGAACAGGGUCCGGCAAGUCUACGCUCGCGCUCGCCCUUCUCGCAACAAUGCAUCCAACAGAGGGGCGGAUCCGUGUUGGAAACCAUGAUAUAUCCAAGAUUGAUGUACAUACCUGGCGCCAGCGGAUCAGCUUUGUGGCCCAGGACCCGGUGCUAUUCCCAGGCACAAUUCGAGAGAACCUAGACCCGAUGGAGCAACACUCGGACGAGGAAUGCCAAGAGGCCUUGUUUAGAGUACUAGGACCCAAGUGGUCUCUCAGCUCUAUCGUUGACGUUGGGGGCAAAAACCUCAGCCAGGGCCAGCGUCAAUUAAUUGGUAUCGGCCGGGCCAUUCUUAGGAAGAGCCCUAUUAUUAUCUUAGACGAGGCAACUGCCUCGAUUGAUAAGAAGACCGCCCUAGCAAUCCAAGACGUCCUCUUAGCAGAACUAAGGGGUAGCACAGUGAUCACGAUCGCUCAUCGAUUAGAGGCAGUGAAAGAUGCCGACUACUUCAUAAGAUUGGACGCCGGGCGUGUGAUAGAAGCAGGCCCAGCAGGAGGGCGUAAAUAAGAAGUGGGCCAUGAAUAUAGUGGUAACUACCUAUAUAAUAAAAAUAUAGCAGAUUGAAUAAUACCUGCCAGUGGGUACCGGCACGGAAGCUAUGCAUAUAUUCAUAUGAAUUAUGAGAUACUAGAAGAUACCUAGAUAUAAAACACAAAAUAUUAUAAAUUAGUUUCAUCUCC